GUUUUUGUUUCCUAGAUGCUCUAUGCACUGAGUUCUAUUUUAUGAAGUAGGUCUCCUCCUUUUUUCAAUUUGGGCAUCUCGUUGUCCGAUCAUCUUUUUUAAUGUUGCUCUAUCCUAAAUUUCUCAAUUCUAAGGGGACUGGUGUUGUCCUUCCACCAGGGUUGAGAUUCGAUUGGAUCGGACAAUAUUGGACUAAGGCUCUGGGUCUACUCAAGUCGUACAAACGAAAUGGUGAUCAUGAUGGCAAGGCAGCGCUUGCUGGGGGGAACAAUGUCCAUCUUAUAACUACGAUGGACAAGUGGGAAAAAGAGACAUCAGAAGCCAAACAAGAAGGCAAAAUUGUGGUUGUGAACUUCAGUGCAUCAUGGUGUGGUCCCUGUAGAGCGAUAGCUCCUGCUUAUUCCGAACUAGCUGAUAAAUAUACAUCGGUUGUGUUUUUAACCGUUGAUGUCGAUGACUUAGCGGAAUUGAGUGCUGCAUGGAAUGUCGAGGCAACUCCGAUGUUCUUUUUCUUGAAAGACAGGCGGCAACUGGACAAGCUCGUGGGAUCUAACAAGUCGGAUCUUCAGAAGAAAGUUGCAUCCGUUUGUGGUGCCAAUGCAAGCUCGCCGCAUUGAAUUGCCUAUUUUUGCUUGACAAAGCUAAGUAGCUAGAGCAUCAUGCAAGAACUCAACCAAUGUUUGUUAUUAAUUAUGGUUGUUUUUAACCAUGUUUAGAUUUAUAGUCCUUUGUUUAGUUACAUUGUAGAAUUUUAGCUUACCUAUUUUGGUCGUAAGAUAUGCAUAGUUGUUUCUCAUCUUACGGUAAAUCUAAACAAAGUGCUCAAGG